AUGCCCGGAAUCAUUGACAAAACCAAGGAGGCUGUCUCUAACGCUACUGAGGCGGUGAAGGACAAGUACCAUGAUUUGACUGAUUCAAAGGAAGAGCAUGAGGAACGAGCCCGCGAAUCGGCUCAAGAUGCCUGGGAUCAGACAAAGGACAAGGCUCACUGCAAGAAAGAACAAGGCAAGGAUUGGGCCAGCGAGAAGUUGCACAAAGCUGGCCGAAAAAUCGAUGAACAU